CAGGUGGCGGUAGCUCACCAAAUCGUUUUGUGUCAGCCGCCAGACCUUGCAGGAGGAAGAAGAAGAAGAAGAAGAAGAAGAAGUUGAAGAAGAAGACUCGUGUCUCUAAGCGGAACUGUGCGCACAGCCGAGUGGACUUGCGACAUGUUAUGAAGGACGGACUUGGUGUCAAGGCCACUUGCUAAAUGUGGAAGAGAUGGCCCAUCUGUCCAACUACGCAGUCCGCAUGGCCCGAAUGAGUGCCAGCAUCUUUGGGGAAGUUGUUCGUCCGACAGAUUCCAAGUCCAUGAAGGUGGUCCGACUGUUCCAGGAGCCUCCGAUGGCCCAGAAGAAAGAGGUGUAUGACUGGUACCCCCAGCACCAGAUCUACUAUGCCAUGACUCAAAAGCUGAGGUUCAUGGGACUAUUCAGGGAUGAACAUGAAGACUUUAAGGAGGAGAUGCGUCGCCUGAAGAAACUGAGAGGGAAGGUCAAACCGAAGAAGGGUGAGGGAAAACGAGCAGCCAAGAAGAAAUGACCUACUGGAUCUCCAAGCUUCCCUCGUGUGGGCGUGGUCCGGGGAUGAACACUGAUGCCCCCUACAUGCAGAGGCAUUUUGUGUGAACACGCCUUAGUCAAGUCAAGGCCUCAGCAAACCUCCAGCUACGCUGCUUGGAGUCCAUAUGCUGAGUCUGUUGGGCCGCUGAAGUUAUGAGCCGCUAUAUCUGCGAGGAGGCUUGUUCAUACUGUCAUGUUGUUUUGAUGUUGUGGGAUUGAAUGAAAUAAAGUGACUUGUUUUUACAGUAAUGUGUUUGGAAAAAAUAAAGAUGAGACAUGUUGACAAAAGGAUUCGGUUGACCAAAAUGACAACGAGACAAACAUGUCAUUGACUAAGCUCAUACUGUAACUUUGUAGAUGUCCAGGGAAGAUGCAGCGCUCAGAGAAGCCAUGCCAGGGGCCACAUAUAAAUAAAACCAGUUAAUGAUAUUAUCAUACGGCCCGUUAGUCAGAGACCCCUGUGUAAACCACCCGGUCCACCUCCUGCGUUGAAGGACUAGAUGCUGUUCUGCAGUAAUACUGUCACCAGCACUUCCUCCGCCGCGUCGAUUUUAAGUUUUUCCCCGAGUGGCUGAGAGUAGUUUGUUGUGUAUCAUGAGAUUUAAACAAAAUCCACAAUACCGUGUUACUAUUACCCCUUCAAAUAAAGUGUU